CAAAGUCUCCACACGUCAAUUUCACUUUGAACAAUAUAUUGGAAUUUCACGUGAGGAACGGAGUGGAUUCCACGGUGGUUGAUAUCGGGCGGCACUGAAAGUAAAAAGACUUGUGAUAUAAAUAACAUUGUGAUUUGUUCCUGGGUGUAUCCCUUUUAUCUAGUGCAUACACCGAUAGAAUUCCGUACUGCAUUAAAUGCAAUUCAAGAUUGAAAAAUCAACAAAACUUUCACCAACCUUCCCUACCAAUAAAUAUUUGUCUAGUAAAUUUACGACAUUCCAAUGUUUCGUGUCUUUGAUUGUGAUGUUGAGUGAAGAUGCUCUGGAUGUUUGAACGAGAAAGAUUUUGUAGAGGUCCUUGUUCAAAUUUUCUAGGACGUGCGUUAUGACAUAACCAUUGAAGCGGGUGGUUUGUGAGAAUAUUGAAAGAAAUUGUGGAUUUCCAAAGGGCCUAAUUCAAAGCGUUGAAUCUUCUUGACUGGUGGUAAAGUCGCGCACUGGCGAGCGCGCUAAAUCUACGACCAGUCGGUUACGGACGUAAUGAGUUUCUUCAGAUCACUUGUGCCGGGCGGAUUAUCUGACAGCCGACUGAUGUCGUUCCGAUUGUCAACAUCACAAAAGAUUAUAGUGGUGUCCGUAACAGCGGGCGUUGCGUUACUUGGAGUUCUGGCGCGCUACUUAAGGCGCCGUCGUACACCCCGGCCUUUUCGACGUCCACGCAAGUAUGGAGGCGGACGUCGAACCCGAAAUAGUGUCCGCAGUCCAAAUGACUUGGCUUCUGUCGCGGGCUCGAAAGCUUCAGCCCGUUCGGGAAGUCCGGGCGGAUCAAUGGUAGCAUUGUCAGAUCGUCUAUCCCUAGCAUCCGGCUCCUUAGGUCCCGGAGUUGUGUCGACGCAACAGUUAACUGCUCAACAAUUAGGCGUAAUGGGAAUGGAAGCUCUGGAAACAGUAAUUAAUCACUGGGAAGAUGCACUGUCUGUACAUUACUCACCUGGAGGUGUUUUAUCUCUGACAACCGCUGAAGAAUCUGAAUUUUGUCGCGAAAUUCAAAAUCUUUUGGAUAUGGCGUAUGCUUUGCAGGAUCAAAGUGAACUUUUAUUUCUCGACCAACGUUCGAUUCUGUUCCGAGAUGGAGAAAAGAAUGCAGAAAAUUCGAAAAAGGAGACAAGUAAUCAACUCAGUCGGACAGCUUCCGAUCCUAACUUUGAUUCAGCUGAAAGUUUCGCAUCUGCCUUGGAUCAAGUUGCAGAUUUACGUGAGUUUGAAGAAUUUACUGAAGCUUUUGCUGAAUUAGAACAGUAUCCAUUGUAUCAGAGUGCGAUUAAACACAUGGAGGAGCAGCAGAUUCCAUGCCGGACCAUACGAACAGAACAAGUUGGGUGUGCGUCCGAUGUAGAAUAUUUAGCUAAACUACAUUGCAUUCGAUUAGCUUUCCAAUAUAUGUUUAAAGAUGCAUCUGUUGGCCAAUGGGUGGCAGACACAGGCAGGCAAAUCCUUACAGAUUUGUUGUGCCUUGGAGAUAAGGACCCCAAAGACUUUUUAGUUGGUUAUGAAGACAUGAUGGUGUUCCUGCAAGAUCCCAGCAAUUGGCCGAUUAUUGAACGAGAAUUGGAACAGAGAAGUGUGAAAGCCAUGACAUUCUACGAUGUUUGCAUUGAUUUCAUCAUUCUGGAUUCAUUUCGGGAUUUGGACGCGCCUCCGGCUAGUGUGACGGCUGUUGUACAAAAUCGGUUUUUAUCUAAUGGCUUCAAAGAAACUGCCCUCACGACGGCGGUAUGGUCUGUUCUCAAAGCAAAGCGGCGAAUGCUGAAGUAUCCAAAUGGAUUUAUGUCGCAUUUCUAUAUAAUUUCUGAACAAAUUUCACCUCUGAUGGCAUGGGGGUUUUUCGGACCUAAUGAAAAUCUGCGUGAGGUAUGUCACUACUUUCGGGAGCAGACUUUAGGGUUUUUGAACGACAUCUACAGUUUUCAAAAGUGUCGGUAUACAUCGGUUGAGGAAUUGUCUGAGGACAUUUUACAGCAUAUGAAAUCGCAUGUGAAUAAUAUCGGCGUGAAAUUUAGUCAAUAGAGCACCACUAUGAAUUGAAGCGCUAAGCAAUGUCGCUCUGUACAUAGUGCCUGCAACUUGACACGCAGCCUAAGUUUGAAUUCUUAUUGCUGGUAUUGACGACACUUACUUUCGCUGGAGAAUAAUUCAUGAUUAGACUGAUAGUGUGCUAUGGCUCAAGGGUUUGUUAUUGAUUUUAUCGAAGUGUGUAUGUGUGCGUGUGCGCGAAUUAUUGCGGCUCGGCAGAAUAACGGCCAAUUUCAGUCUUGAAGUUAGCAAACUAUUUUCCAACUUUUCAUUACCAAAUAAUAGAGGAGAGACUGCGUCUUUAGCCGAGUAGAGUUUCCUUUUUCAGAGAUGUAGUAAUACUAAAUCCUACUAUAAAAAUGACAUUCAAUUGUGAGAUAUUCAAAUUAGUCUCGAUUUUAUACUUAUGAUAUGAAAAUAUGAUUGUAGUUAGAAAUUACAGUAUCAAGUGGUGCCAGUAAGGUGUGAAUAUUGUAACGAUUAAUUGUCUGGUCUAAUUUUAGAUUGUCGCCAAGUUUACACAAUUCGUCAUGCCAAUUUUAAUUGCAAGAAUAGUCAAAAUGCUCGUUUGCUUUGUUAUUGACAUUACAAAGAGGUGUAGACAUGCAAUAGGUCUAUAUAUUUGUUUGUUACUUGGAAUAAGAUUAUAUUUUUAUCAUCUUAAGUACAAUGUUAAAUUUGUUGGACGGUUAUCUUAUACUUUCUUAAUAAAAAUAUUAUGGUAAAUAGUGUGUUA